AUGGAUCCCCUUUCGAUCACGACGAGCGUGAUCGCUCUAGUUCAGGCCCUCGGUGUGGGAGUCAAGUUCUUCUCCUCCAUGCGACAGAUUCCAGCGGACUUCUGCGACCUUAGCAAUGAGCUCACAGACCUCCAGGCAGUCGCCGAGCAAGUCAAAACUUCUCUUCAGGAGAUGGAAAACGCCGUCCCUGGCAUCACUGCUUCUGCAAUACAGACCUUGGAAGACGACUUUGCCUCCAUCGUUCAUGAAUUAGAAGCCCUCUGCGGACGCCUCCAAAAGUCAGACCGGCAUGCAGACAUUGUUGGAGAGCUGCGUGUCUCUAAGCGGAAGUGGCUGCGUGAGAAGGACAACGUCGCCAGGCUUCGGGCGAAAGCGAGCAAAACCAAGCAGAGCUUGAUGUUGCGUUUCAUUGCUCUUGUUUCGUCACAAAGGUGA